AAGAACUUCCAGUUCAACCGGAAGAAGUUUCUCACACACGUGACUUCAGACAGAAGCGGAAAAUGGAUUCUACCGAGUUAACAACUUCAGAAAGUGUUUCCAAGAAAAAGGGGAAAACGAAGAAACUAAAGCAAAAGAUAAAAGCCGACAAAGCUCCGAAGCAGGAGAUGGAACAGGCGGAGAUUGAAGUGACAGAAGAUAAAUCGGAGUCGGGAGCUUGUUUUCCUCCCACAUUCAGCGUGUCUGAGAUCAAGAACAAGCAGCGCAGACAUGCGAUGUUCCUCAAACUCAAGGAGGAGAAAAGAAAGCAAAAAUUGGAACAGAAAAAGAAAAAGAAAAAAGAGAGAAAAGCUCUUGGAGAUCAGGCUCCACCAAAAGAAGUUCCCAAGACAAUAGAAAACCAGAGAGUAUAUGAUGAAACUACAGUCAACCCAGAGGAUGAGGAGGUGGCUUUUGAUGAAGGAACCGACGAGUUCUCUGCUUACUUCAAUCGGCUCACGAAUCCCAAAGUUCUCAUCACCACUUCGGACAGGCCCAGAGGAAGGACCGUGAGGUUUUGUGAGCAGCUGGCCACAAUGAUCCCACAUGCACAUGUGUACUACAGAAGAGGUCUGGCAUUGAAGAGAGUCAUUCCACAGUGUAUAUCUAGAGGUUUCACUUAUCUGAUGGUGAUCAAUGAGGACAGAAAAGUGCCAAAUGGUUUGGUUCUCUGUCACCUUCCUGAUGGCCCAACUGCACACUUCAAAGUCAGUAGUGUUCGACUUCGCAAGGAAAUGAAGAGAAGAGGUAAGGACCCAACGGAACACGUCCCAGAAGUCAUCCUUAAUAACUUCACUACUAGACUGGGUCACUCCAUCGGCCGGAUGUUUGCUGCUCUGUUUCCUCAUGAUCCACAGUUUGUGGGCCGUCAGGUCGCCACAUUUCACAAUCAGAGGGACUUCAUUUUUUUCAGGUUUCACAGGUACAUCUUCAAGAAUGAAAAGAAAGUGGGCAUACAGGAACUAGGACCUCGCUUCACUCUUAAACUUCGCUCUUUACAGAAAGGAACCUUUGACUCAAAGUUUGGCGAAUACGAGUGGGUUCACAAGCGCCAUGAGAUGGACUCCAGCAGAAGAAAAUUCCAUCUUUGAGGGACAGAAUGAAAACAGGGAAACAGUGUUGACUUUUCAUGAAUAUCUAAAAAUCUUUUGUUAAGGAACGAAAGAGUUGUAGAAAUGCAAGCUUUGUCUUUACUGUAUCAUAUUUUCUUCAUAAGAAUUUGUUCAAAAGAAUAUUAUAACAAGGCUGGACACAAAGAGACUUGAUGUGUCUUAAAGCACGACAAAUAAAUCAAGUAAAUGCAUCAUAUUUGAUUGAAGACAUGGGAGGAAGAGGCUAAUUUGUGAGUGUUUGUGAUAUUUCAGAUCAAAAAGACUGUCUUGUUCCAUCUUGAUUUUGCAAUACUGAAGACAUACACAAAAUGCAUUGUAGAUUUCUGAACUUUUAAUAAAAAUGUUUUCUAACA